AUGGCUUAUAUUUACCGUUUCGCCAUUCUUCUCGUUCUCCUCUCCGCCACCGUCGGCUUCUCCUCCGCCGCGUUGGCCGAGCAGAAAUCUCCGGUGACCUUGAAAGGAAACAUCACUCUCAACCUCAUAUGGUACGGAAAAUUCACCCCAAUCCAACGAUCCAUCAUCGUCGAUUUCCUCCGAUCCGUUAAUUCCGUCACCGCCGUUAAAAGUCCAUCCGUCGCGUCGUGGUGGAAGACGACGGAGAAGUACAAAACCGGCGCGUCGACCAUCGUCGUCGGUAAACAACUCCUCCUCGAGAAUUACCCUAUCGGGAAAUCCUUGAAAAGUCCUUACCUUCGUGCUCUCUCGAACAAACUUAACGGCGACGGUGCUCGUUCGAUAACGGUCGUUUUAACGGCGAAAGACGUCGCCGUUGAAGGGUUCUGUAUGAAUCGGUGCGGGACUCACGGAGCUAAGUCACGUUCCGUUAACGGUGGAGCUUACGUUUGGGUCGGAAACUCUGAAACGUUUUGUCCUGGUUACUGCGCGUGGCCGUUUCAUCAGCCGAUUUACGGACCUCAGUCGCCGCCGUUAGUUGCGCCUAACGGCGACGUUGGAGUUGACGGAAUGAUUAUAAACCUCGCGACUCUUCUGGUUAACACCGUCACGAAUCCGUCGCAAGAAGUUGUCUCGGCUUGUACCGGUGUAUUCGGGUCGGGUGCUUACCCGGGUUAUGCGGGUCGGGUUCUCGUGGACAAGAGUAGUGGAGCGAGUUAUAACGCUUUGGGUCUCGCCGGAAGGAAAUAUCUUUUACCGGCGAUGUGGGACCCGCAGAUGUCGAAGUGUAAGACUUUGGUUUGA